AAAUUUUUGGAUUACCAUAGGUUUCCCGUGAAUUAGUAUAAUCCUAGAUCAAUUUUAUCGAUAUGGCACUAUUCAGAUCAAUGAAUUUUUAAAAAUAAAUCUAGUGAUUUUUAAAUAUAUAUACCCAUAAUUUCACGAAAAAAAAAAUUUACAUGACAGUAGUAAGUAAAUACAAGCAGGGGUGGAUUAUCUCUAUAAACGAUCUCUUCCAGUCAACCAAUGCGGUAUGGGAAAUGAAGCAGUAACGGGUGACUGCCAAAUGCAUUAUUGAAAAAUUUUAUGUGAAAUAAUAUUAACAAUAAUUCAUAAAUGUAUAAUAUAGAAAAAAAUACAUAAAUAAACAAUAUAAUAUAUAUAAUACAUUAGGAUAUAUAAAUACAUAUAAAAUAUUUACAUACGUAGGAAAUAAUGACUACAGAAUUACAAAUAAGAACAUCGUGCUAGAAAGUGCUCUUUGAGUUUAGUUUUGAAAGAUAUGAAUUAUGACUUUAUUUCGGUAGGUACAACUUUAUAUUAAAAUUUCAGCUGGUUGGAAAUAUUAUGUCUGCGAUGUCACCAGACAGAUCCCACACCAUCAUGGCAGCCGUCAUGGUGGAAAAAAUUAUGUCCAUACCCUUAUUUUUCUACUUACCGGCAAACAGCUCAACAAAUGUCUAUUAUAUUAUUUUGUUUACUCAUAUGGGGUUUCUUAUACGUUGAAAUUGGUGAAGCCGUCAGCAUCAAAGGAGAAUUAAUUAGUAUGAUCAUAUUGGUAAUGGCUGCUUAUUUAGUCGGUUGGAUAUGGCUGAAACUGACUACUUUACCUGCUCUGAUAGGCAUGCUGCUAACAGGAAUUAUAUUUCAAAACUUACAAUUGGUGCACAUGACAGAUAAUUACAGAAAACUGAAUCAGGAUUUGAGAAAAGUGUCACUAGUUAUUAUAUUAACUCGUGCUGGACUAGGUCUUCGAGCAAGCGUCCUAAAGAAACACUAUGCUGCAGUAUUACAAUUAGGCCUUCUUCCAUGGAUCGUAGAAUGUCUAGCUAUCGCUGUUACAACACACUAUUUAUUAAAAUUGCCAUGGAUAUGGGGAUUUUUAUUAGGUUCCAUGAUAGCUUCAGUUUCUCCUGCAGUGGUAGUACCAUGUUUGUUUAGACUAAGAGACGUUGGCUACGGCGUAUCCAAGGGUAUACCCACCUUGGUUUUAGCCGCCACAGCCAUCGACGAUUCCAUCAGCGUCGCUGUAUUUGCAAUUUUAUUGAACAUUAUGUUUUCAUCUGAAUCAUCAACUUUUAAUAUCAUCAAGGGACCGUUGUCCAUAAUAGCCGGCAUCGUCUUUGGAUCUUUGUGGGGUGCUUUGUCUUCAGUAAUACCAGAGAAAGGAGAUACGUAUGUCGUGCCUUUAAGGUUUCUAAUGUUAUUUUUAGGUGGUCUUUUUUCGUUAUUUAUGUCUGGAUUUAUUGAAUGGAGUGGUGCAGGACCACUAGCCAUUGUAUCGUCAGGUUUUGUGGCCGCAUACUAUUGGGAGAAGCAAGGUUGGCCUAUAAACAAACAUCCGGUUAGCAAUGUAUACAGAAUCUUAUGGAUUUUCUUUGAGCCUAUUCUAUUUGCUUUCACCGGUGCUCAAAUAACGAUGAGCGCUCUGGAUCCUCAAGUGAUACAAAUGGGCGCUAUAUGUCUAGUCGCCUGCCUUGUUUUGCGUGUCAUAGUUACAUUUUUUGUUAGUUUCGGAUGUGGAUUGAAUAACAAAGAAAAGUUAUUUAUUGGACUAACAUGGAUGGCUAAAGCGACUGUUCAAGUAUGUAAUUUUUUUUUUAAAUUUCUUCCCACCCUGACUCACAUUUAACAUUACUUGCUUCAUAUUUAACAUCUCAAUCAUGCUCCUAUUAGAGGGGAAUUAGACGACUAAUUAUUGAGAAAAUUAUCUUACUUCAAGGGACAUAACCAUGAAUUUGGAGAGGUCAAACUCAUAGGGUAAUUAUAUUUAAUAUAACUAUCAUAUUUGUCGCUCAAGAUCAAGUCUAUACCCAUGAAAUUUCUUGUGUUUGGUAACACCCAUAAAAAAAUUUGGACUUGGUAACAUUACGGAACAAUCUAGGUAACGAGUAUAUAAUUUAUUUUUUGGAACACUAAUAGUUAUGUAUAUCGUUAAUCACAGGCAGCUCUUGGCCCUGCAGCAUUAGACCUGGUACACAAUGGACGAACAGCUGGAUCUCCAUUGGUAGAUGAAGAAUAUUACGCAAAGACUUUAUUAGCGGUCAGCGUACUGAGUGUUGUUAUCUCGGCACCCCUUGGCGCACUUCUCAUAGCUAUCACUGGGCCGAGACUUCUCAACAAAGAUAACUCUCCCAUUAAAAAUAAAGAAGAAACAGACGGCGAAGAUGCAUCUAUGGGUAUAAUGACACAAUUAUAAUACCAAAAUAUUUAUAUUAAUGAAUAAUAAAUUAUGUAAGACUUAAGCUACCUGUAUCAUUAGUUUUGCACCCCAUCUAUACGAGUCAACGCUUGCUGUGAGUGAUUAUUUUUUCCAUUUCUGGCGCGCCCAGACUCAGCGAAUUAAAAGGAGAUUCGGCGUUCGUUCCUUUCACAUGUUCAAUAGCCCUGCUGGAUGUUUGGAACCGACGUCAGUAUUAACGACUGGCAACUUGGAUGUGUUCUGUCAUUUGACAAAAAAAAAACCCGCCACGUAUUUGUUGUUAGAGCGGCAACAGAUAUACAUCGUCAUAAAUGAAAAGUUCAUGAAAUACAGCCUGAUGACAGACGGAUCAUUAGUUUUUGUGAAAAAUAAGGCAACUCCUGAACAUUAUGAACCAACGUAUUUUAUUAUGGAUGACCAGACGACGAUAACCAAAUAAUGAUUAUAGCUAAUUUCAUAUAUC